UGUGGCAGCCUCGGCCAGGAGCCUGUCCCAGGAGCAGCCCCUCUGCAAACAGAGUGAUCAGGACGCCACGGCUCCGCCUGAAGCGAUGGCCCAGCCCUACCCCCCCGCCCAGUACGGACAGAACGGCAUCCCCGCCGAGUACGCCCCGCCCCCGCCGCACCCCACGCAGGACUACCCGGGCCAGGCCCCGGUGCCCCCGGAGCACGGCAUGACCCUGUACACACCAGCACAGACCCACCCCGAGCAGCCGGGCUCCGAGGCCAGCACGCAGCCCAUCGCCGGGACCCAGACAGUGCCGCAGACAGAUGAGGCGGCACAGACGGACAGCCAGCCGCUGCACCCCUCCGACCCCACAGAGAAGCAGCAGCCCAAGCGGCUGCACGUCUCCAACAUCCCCUUCCGGUUCAGGGACCCCGACCUGCGGCAAAUGUUCGGGCAAUUCGGAAAAAUUUUAGACGUGGAGAUCAUUUUUAACGAGCGGGGCUCCAAGGGUUUUGGGUUUGUAACUUUUGAAACUAGCUCAGAUGCUGACCGAGCCCGGGAGAAGCUGAAUGGGACGAUCGUAGAGGGACGGAAAAUUGAGGUCAAUAAUGCCACAGCCCGAGUCAUGACCAACAAGAAGACGGGGAACCCCUACACCAAUGGCUGGAAGCUAAACCCCGUGGUCGGCGCAGUCUACGGGCCUGAAUUCUAUGCAGUGACGGGGUUCCCCUACCCCACCACGGGCACAGCCGUUGCCUACCGGGGCGCGCACCUACGCGGCCGGGGCCGGGCCGUGUAUAACACCUUUCGGGCUGCGCCGCCCCCGCCCCCCAUCCCGACUUACGGAGCGGUCGUGUAUCAGGAUGGAUUUUAUGGUGCUGAGAUUUAUGGAGGCUAUGCAGCCUACAGAUACGCUCAGCCAGCCGCCGCCGCUGCCGCCUACAGCGACAGUUACGGCAGAGUGUACGCCGCUGCCGACCCCUACCACCACACCAUCGGCCCCGCGGCCACCUACAGCAUCGGAACCAUGGCUAGCCUCUGCCGAGGAGGGUACAGCCGCUUCACCCCCUACUAGCAAGAGACCCAGCCCCUAACAGCAUUCACACUGACUGCCUAUUACAAACCACACCCAACAGCCCAAACACCAGGCACAGCCACCAGGAAGACAGUGCGCCCCUCCCGGUCAGCGACACGCACCGCUGACCCUGCGCGACUCUAAAAUCCAUACAUUUUUAUCUCCAGCCAGCUGGUCUCCCCACCCCACCCGUGAUGGUGUGUGUGUCUUUGACCCUGGUUUUCCUGUAUGUCUGAAACCUUGAGUUCCUAUUUUGCCUUUGUUGAUGUUGUAUUACCCAAGUCAUUUCAGGUACGGUAUGCACCUGGUGGGGGCCAGGCCGAGGCCCGAGACCAGGCCACCCCCCCCAUGGGACUAGCAGUAGCGCCCCGUGAGGGCGACGCCUGUGUCCUGGCCCCUCCCCGUCCCCUGGCGGCAGCACCCUGGUACAGGGAGGGAGGGGCUCCAGGCGCCCCAGGCGGGGUCCCCCAGCCUGCCAGCGCUCCUGUCCAGACUUUGCCCAGCUAGUCACAGGAGUAGCCACCUCCCCCCUCCUCACCCCAUUCAGCUGAAACUAAUAUUUUUAAUUAAAUUUUCUUGAUGACUUUCCUGCCGUAAUCACAAGCAUGUCACAUGGUGUACAGACUGCCGUGGUCACCCCAGUCUCCGCGACUCCUUAGCACCACUGUUUGAGAAAUGGACAUGUGGGCAGGCCUGUCCCUGCCUCUCCACAGGGCACCUCAGCACUGCCAGGCGGGACCAGGCCAGCCUCGCACUGGGUGUUUGUCCUGGAGCCACAGUCCACCCUCCCUGUCCCCAGGCUCCGAAAUGCCUUUAUCAGAGUACAUUUCAGAGGGGCCUCAACAGGAGAGCCGAGAGGGGCCAAGCGCCGCCUGCUCAGGCCUUCCCGAGCCAGCCCGCUCCCGUCAGCCCGGCCCCGUCGGAGACCACGUGCAGGGGCCCAGGGGCCGUCUCAGCCCCGGCGCCCACCC